AUGGGCUGCGGGAGCGGCAAGCUGCCGCCCGAGGCCCCCGAGAAGGGCUACGCCGGCGUGGUGCGCUCGCUCGCGGCCUUCGGUAGAGCGCGCGACGGCGGCGGCGAAGACGAGCCGAAGAAGAGCGCGGGGAAGCGCGGAGGUUCGUGGUUUUCCACCGGCGGCGGGAGCCUUCCGCCGGCAUCGAACAGCCGACCGCUGAUUCAGGACAAAGUUACGAAGUAUAGGGACAAGUUUGAUCCACGUGUGACGGCAAGAUACGACAUCAGGGCCCUGAUCGGUCGGGGGAGCUUCAGCCGCGUCGUGCGCGUGGAGCACCGGGCGACGCGCCAGCCCUUCGCCAUCAAGAUGAUGGAGGUGGAGGCCCCGGGGGGCCGCGAGGUGUGCGCCUCGGAGCUGGCGGUGCUGCGCCGCGUGAGCCACUCGCACGUGAUCCGGCUGAUCGAGGUGUUUCAGUUCCCGCGGCGGGUUUACGUGGUGCUGGAGCUGGCCACGGGCGGCGAGCUGCUGGACCGCGUGGUCAGCAGGGGCCACUUCACGGAGAGGGACGCCGCCCGGGCCCUCCGGAUGGUGCUGGCCGGGCUGGGACACCUGCACGACCUGGGUAUCGCCCACAGGGACCUGAAGCCCGAGAACCUCCUGUACUACCACCCCGGGGCCGACUCCAGGCUGCUCGUGACCGACUUCGGACUGGCCACGUUUGGCGGCGUCGGGUCGGAGAUCUGCGGCGCCGCCGGGAGCAUCGGAGGAGGCUCUGACGGAGCCGACGGGACCUGGUGCCUCACCACCACCUGUGGAACUCCUGAGUACAUGGCCCCUGAGGUGCUGCUGAGGAAACCCUAUUCCUGUGCGGUGGACAUGUGGGCCCUGGGGGUGGUGGCCUACGUGGUGCUGAGUGGGUCCAUGCCCUUUGAGGACGACAGUCGCACGCGGCUCUACAGAUCCAUCGUGAGAGGCAAAUUCGGCUUCCGCGGAGAUCCUUGGCCCUCGGUGUCCAACCUGGCGAAGGACUUCGUGCAGCGCCUGCUGCCGCUGGACCCGGGCGCGCGCCUGACGGCCGCCCAAGCCAUCCGUCACCCCUGGGUGGUCACGGUGGCCGCCGGCUCCUCCAUGAAGAACCUGCACCGAUCCAUUUCUCAGAACCUGCGGCAGCGGGGGUCGCGCAGCUCCUCCCGGUGCCCGAGCGGCGGCGGCGGCGCGAGCUCCGGCGGAGUCCAACCCGUUCCGGGACCGGGACCAAGAGCGGGGACGAGCAUCUGGAGCGAGAGCCGAGCAGCAUCCAGCCGGAGGGUUCCAGGAGCACCGUCCAACUGA